AUGUGGAUGGCAGCCUCUCAGAAGGAGGCUCAUGCACCCCGGGAUAAUGAUUUUUAUCUUGAUUCCGCGUGCAGUACGCAUGUGACAAAUCGCCGGGAUCUGUUCAUAUCCUACCACGAAUUAGAGAAAGGAAAACGUCCAGUGGAGGAAUUUGAAGGUUCGAUCCGGCAUGCACAAGGAUAUGGUCACAUCAAGCUCAAGGUGUCGGUUCCUAAUAAGGAUGGUUAUAUCAACGUUACUAUUCGCGGAGUUCUGUACAUUCCUGAUGGAGUCAACUUGAUAUCACAAGGUAUCUUUAUGGAGAAUGGUUUGAGAAUUGUUGCCGUAAAUGGGUAUGGAAUGAAUAUCUAUUCCAAUCGGACCCUGGUGACAAGAGCGCUACAAAUAGGCCGAAUGUUUCCUUUUGAUAUCAAGUGGGACACCCCAGCGGGGGAGGAUCUAAACUUGUCCUUGAUCUCAGCCUUCAAAUUGAGUAGUCAGCCGUCGGGGGGAGCAUCCAAGUCGGGCCUAUGGCAUCGCCGUCUAGGUCAUUUUGGAAUUGAAUCUUUACGUUCCCUGUCAUCACACGUCGAUGGAGUUCCCGAUUCAUUGAAGGGCAGUUGUGAACGCACUGCUUGUGUCAAAGGGAAACAUUCUCGUAGGCCGUCCAAGCCAGUAACAGAUCGGGCAAAAGCCGUUCUCGAGCUUAUUCAUUCAGAUUUUUGUGGACGUUUCCGAACACCAUCAUUUGGCGGAGGGAGAUACAUGUUACUCUUCAUUGACGAUGCAACACGUUUCACUAAGGUUUACAUACUUAAGUACAAAUCUGAAGCUUUUACUCGCUUUAAGGAGUUUAAAGCCGCGGCAGAAAAGCAAAUGGGAUACUGUAUUAAACGGUUUCGUAUAGAUGGUGGUGGUGAAUAUACUUCCAACGAAUUUGCCAAGUGUCUCCGAGGCGAAGGAAUCAUAAAGAAACAACGACGCCAUACUCUCCUCAGUCAAAUGGCGUUGUGGAGCGUGCAUAUCGAACGGUAG